AUGUAUGAAAAUUGUUCAACAACGGUUCGAUGUGAAGCGGAAGACUGCGUGGGAUCCAGUGUACAGGUAGGCCUUCACCAAGGGUCAGCCUUAAGCCCAUACUUAUUCACUCUGUUGCUGGGUAUACUCACAGAAGAUCUGAGACGUGAAAUGCUGUAUGCAGAUGAUGGAUUUUUGUGUGCAACUGAUGAUGAAGAACUAAAUUUUAAAGCGGAGGGAUGGAGGAACUGUCUGGAGGAGAGGGGUCUGCGAAUAAAUAGAAUCAAGACUGUUGGAAUGCGCUGUGAAUUUGAGGAAGCAGAAAGAGAAAGAAAAGUAGAUCUUGAGAUUGAUUUUCAUAAGUUAGAGGAAGUAGAAAGUUUUAAAUAUCUGGGGUUUGUGAUCCAAAAUACUGGAGACCUAGAUGAAGAGCUGACCGGAAGGAUGCAGUCAGGGUGGAGUAGCUGGAGGAAAUGUGCGAGAGAUCGUAGAAUUAUGGUCAAAUUAAAGAGCAAGAUCCAGCACCAGGUUGUGAGACCUGCAAUGUUGUACUCGUCCGAAACAUUGGCAACUAAGAAGAGAUAUGAGAACAGGAUUGAUGUGACUAAGAUGAGGAUGUUGAGAUGGCAAUGUGGACUUACUAGAAAGGAUAAAGUUAGGAACGAACAAGUUAGAGGCACUCUCAAAAUAGCACCAGCUUCAAACAAGGUGAGGACUUAUAAAGAGACGAGAGGAAGACCACCCGACAAGGAAGAUGAUGGACAUGGGACUACCAGGUGGAGAGGGUUGGGUAGACCAAAAUUGCGAUGGAUUGACUGUGUGAAGAGAGAUAUGAGAGAGUUGGGUUUGAACGAGGAGGAUGCACUAGACCGAAAGAGAUGGAAGAAUGUGUUGAAGAACCAUUACAGCGACCCCAAAUAG